AUGGCGCUUCCCCUAGAUGCAGUACACUGCGAGUGCUCUUUGUUAGCAACGCGAUCGUCGCGAUUGAAGACAUCAUCGCGUCAUCCGCAACCACGAUCUUUUUCACGAUUACUCGAGACAGUUGUUCGCAAGGUGUUUGACUCGCAACGAGAAGCUAAAGAUUUAUCUCCUCAAAAGAUCGAUAUCAAUGAGGCACCUAUGACGAAGCUGAGCAGACAAUCUGGAGAAACGCACAUCACAGAGCCGGCAAAGAAUACAUCGCCGAGAGUUAAUGGCAACGCCAAGCUUAGUAGCCUUUCCAUCGCUGAUGUGAGGAAGCAGCCGGCGCUAGAUUCUUCGUCUGGGACAUCCGACGGUUCACUGAAUGCCACUUACGGUACUAAGAAUCUGGAAGAGAGCGUGUCAAUGCAAGUUCCCUUUACAUCAAAAGUUAACCACUUAUUACUUCACCCUAAAAGCAUUAAUACCGCUGCAAGGCCGACGAUUCUCACUCAUCCAUUGGGAGCACCAUUGAUCAACUAUCCGCGAUUUCACUUCCCACAGGGCGUACCGGUGCCCAUAGUGGAAAACGACGCAGCACUGCGUCGUGUUUGUCACUUAUUUCGCGAACUUCCCAGCGAACAGGUGACAUGUCUUUUAAUUACCGUCGACUCUCAUCUUUCAUAA